AUGGCGAUCGCGCGACCGAUUCGCAUGCUCGGUGCAGCAUGCAUUUUAUUAACGCUGUUCCUGAUAUUCCAGGUCCGUCAGGACUCAUCAGGAGUCUCAUCUAAGUUGACGCACGGCAUGAAACGGGAUCCUCUAUUAGAUCCUACUGGGGAGCCGGCUGGCGAGUUAUGGCGCGCUGAGGACCACGACUACUCCCCCGACAGCGACAAGUCCGCCCGCACGAAUGCUGCACUUAUCUCACUUGUGCGCAACCAGGAGCUUUACGAGCUGAUCAGCACUAUGCGCGACCUCGAGCGCACCUGGAACCACAAGUUCAACUAUCCGUACAUCUUUUUCAAUGACGAACCGUUCACCGAGGAAUUCAAACAGAAGACGCAAGCUGUUACCAAGGCCAAGGUCCAAUAUGAGUUGGUGCCCAAAGAACACUGGGCGGUCCCCGAAUGGAUCAGCAUGGAGCUUUUCCGCGAAUCCGCCCAGAUUCUCGAAGAGGAAAGCAUCCAAUACGCCUCCAAGCUUUCCUACCACCAAAUGUGUCGCUGGAACAGUGGGAUGUUCUACAAACACGCAGCUCUCAAGGAUUACCGAUAUUACUGGCGAAUUGAGCCCAAGGUUCAAUUCUUCUGCAAUGUUGAUUACGACGUUUUCCGAUACAUGGAAGACAACAACAAAACUUACGGCUUUACGAUCAAUCUCUACGAUGCUCCGCAAACCAUCAAAAAACUUUGGCCCGAAACCCGCAAAUUCCUGGCGGCGAAUCCUUCGUACUUGAACGAGAACAACAUGUGGGAAUGGCUUACGGACGACAAGGCUCGGCCCGAGCACACCAAAGAUGCGAAUGGCUAUUCGACCUGCCACUUCUGGUCUAACUUUGAAAUUGGCGACCUCGACUUCUUCCGAGGAGAGCAAUAUGAGUCGUACUUCCAGCAUCUGGACCGUGCUGGUGGCUUUUUCUAUGAGCGCUGGGGCGAUGCGCCUGUUCACUCGAUUGGGGUUGGUCUCUUUGCGAAUGCUGCGAACGUGCACUGGUUCCGUGAUAUCGGAUACAAUCACAUUCCAUACUACAACUGCCCCAACUCUCCCAAAUGCUCUGGAUGCAAAGCCGGCCAAUUCUUCGCCGGUGCCGACUUCCUUGCCAAAGAGGACUGUCGCCCUACGUACUUCAAAUACGUUGGCACUCACUAG